CACUAUCAAUCAACUGCCAAACAAACUUGUUUGGGCAUGUUGAAACCAUCAUUACAGUCUUGUUGUUACACUAGUAUCUGAAACUAUCUGGGCUUGGAGACAAAUUGAGUAAUCCACAUUUCUCAGCAGCAUGUACAGCAACAUAAUCCCUGCAGUGUUGGCCUUCUGGAUCCAAAUAACUGGAUUUGAAGUUUCAAUUGAUGUAAAUUCCCCAGCAGUGGAAUUUGGUGACUCCAUCGAGAUGAACUGCAGCACAACAUGUCAAAAACCAUCAAUGAAUGUGGAAUAUAAACCAGGGGUAAAUGCAACCAGAACAGAUAGCAGUACUUGGUACAAUGAUUAUUUCCAAAGCGUCCAGAAUUGGGAUUUUACGCUAGCAUGUUCUGUGAUAUGUAAAUCAGAGAAUCUUCAGCUGAAGGAGAAGAAAAUGUUUGUCACAGUAUACAAUCGAGAGAUAAACAUUACAUUGCUCCCUGAAGUGCUGGAGGUUAACAGAAGAUAUAGUCUGGAGUGCAUUGGACCAAGAGUCUAUCCAAACAACAAACUCAUUCUCACAUGGAUGAGAGGGAGUGAGAUUGUUCAGAGAAGUUCUACAGAAGAACCAGGUCUUCCAGAUGAAGAUAACAGGUUGAGAAAUGUCUUCAAUUUCACCGCAAGUCUGUCAGAUGAUGGACAGGAGUACACCUGCUUGGCUGAAGUGGACUUGGGCUCUAACACCACAAUGUCAAUCACAAACUCCUGUGUCACUCUGCAAACCUACUCUUUCAUGGAGCAGCCUAGAAUCCUGGACAAAAGGCCCAAAAAAGUGAAGCAAAAGGUCAAUUUAAUAUGUGAGGUCUCAAAUGUCUAUCCAGUUGAGAAGGUGAGAGUAAGAUGGUUUCAGGAUGGUGAGGAACUGAACUCAGUUACCACAAGGCCAAAUUCUAACACUGUCCGAACAACAGCAGCAUGGACACCACAGGAAACUGGUCUGAUCGAAGUUGUCUGUAUGGCUGAUUUUGAGAAGUAUCCAUCGGUUCCCUCAAAGAAUAACAGUGUUUUCAUUGAGGUGUAUGUUUUCUCUUCCCCUGAAAUCCAAAUACCAACCAGCCAUGAAGGAAAUCUGGUUAACAUUACGUGCCGUGUGUUAAAUGUCUCAAGGGAUCUUGAACUCAGACUGAAGAAAGAAAAUGACAUAUUAAAGAAUGGAUCAAGCAGUACUGGGCUCACUAUCUCUCAUACAGUACAGGCUCAAGCAAAGCUGAAUGGACAGCAGUAUAUCUGUGAGGCUGAACUGAAACUUCAAGAUCAGUCAAUGACCAGCCCUGUUAUUAAACAACAGAUUGGAACCCUCCAUGUCCUGUAUAAACCACGAGACACAAUCACGACCGUAUCAGUAAAUGACAAAACAAUGUCAGGCUUUCCAGUAGAAGUCACUAAAGGUGAUGAAAUUACAUUAAGCUGUACGUCCAAUGGAAGACCCUCACCUACAUUAGAGUGGGUAAACCCCAGUAAUGGCAGCGACAUUGAGAUUGGUCCUGGAUUUCUGCAUAUUCCAUACGUAACCUCAGAACAUCAAGGAAUUUAUAAAUGUAGAGCUACCAAUCAAUAUGGAAGUGAUAAGAAGGAUGUGGACAUCAGGGUCAAAGAUCAAACAACAACCAGAAGGCUUGCAGCAAAGACCACUGGCCUCAUCUCUGUUGCAAUCAUAGCUGGAGGAUUGUUAUUUAUCACAAUCAUUUAUUGUAUAGAGCAAAAUAAAUAGCAGCAAACAUAGAUAA